UUUCAAAACGUUCGCAACGUAAAAGACACGGAAAACGCGUCAGCCCGGAAAACGCUUUGCCCGUGCAAUUGGUGCGAAAGAGAUGCAGCGAUCCGUAUAAGUAUAUUUCGAGUGCUCGAGCGAAAAAAUUAAAGCAUAUGCAUAUAUAUAUAUAUUUAUAUAGCUGUAUGUGUAUGUGCGUCAAGUGAAAAAUCCAAUUUGGAAAAGUUGCUCGCCGUGAAAAUUCGAAAUUCUGUAAUCGAAAAGUAAACAAAUAUUAUUUUAUAUGCUAUUCUAUGGCAAAAAUAUUCAAAGAUAAAGUUUUGUGAAAAGUUUGCAUUUGAGUAUUCAUUAUGGGUUCAUAUUGAAAGUGCGCUGCCAUUUACGAAAAUUUGUGUUCUAUUUUUAAAACACAGCUAAUUUUUCAGCCUCACAAAUUUGUGUGUAAAGUGAAUAUUCCAAAAGUGAAACAAACAAAACGCGAAAGAACAAGAAAUUGAAGCCAGCAAAAAUCGAAAUGCUGAAAGUGCAUUUUUAAAUCUCUUAUUUCUUAUUCGAAUAUAUGCCAUAUGUGCAAUUUAAAGGAAAUCGACAAAAAACCAAAACCUGUUACGCAAUUAACCAUUUGGUAAAUGAAAAGUUGCGCACAGUUUGCGGCCGUCUCGCAGAGAUCAGGAGCAGAUGCACCAGCUGCCGCGUGGCCCCGUUCCCACUUGCCCAGCUCCAAAUUCAUCUAAAUGCGGAUUCAUUUUGUAGAAGGCAAAGCUGAUUAUUCAUUUAAGAACAGAUGCAUCAUCUGUACCCAUCGCUGAAAGGCGAUCAGCUCUGCCCGCUCGGCUUCCAUCCGCAGACACGUUAUCCAACAAGAUGUAAACGUUGUUUUCGCGAUUAUAAGGAACAUGGAGCCCGGCGAGGUGGCGACGAUGUUGCCGCAUCCUCGCCAAAUCUUUCAGAUGCCCAAAGCUCGCGGCCCUCCUCGCGUACCUGGACAUCAACCCAGAACUUAACCAGCGCGAAUUCAAGCAACAGCAAUGAUAUAGAGCUAAAGAAACGUCCGCAGUCCUGGGCCUCAACGCCGGACAUCGAUGAGCCGCCGACGGAUGCAGUCAAACGCAAUCCGGCUGCGGCGACGCCGGCACGUCCAGGCGACGAUCACAAUGUGGCCGUAACCCUAAAGCUGCCCGUCCCGCCGCGCCGUCACACAACCGCCUUGGACAUGAAUGAGGUGGAACAAACGCUCACGCAAGGCCGAGUCACAUCCUCCCCCAGUAAAACUUCAAGUAUUCCAGAUGAGCUAGUCAUCCUAUCGACAGACAGUCUUGCCGAGCGCGUGCGCAAAAUGAAUCUGCUGAAGAAACAGCGUAGCCUGAACUCAAGGGAAUCCAGCCGGGAACGCUCGGUGCCGCGACGCGAUGAGGAAAGCGAGUCUACAUUGCCAGCACCGGAUCGACCGGAGCGCAGCAAAUCCGGCACAUCGCUCAAUCAGCAAACGGAACUCAAACGCGCCUCCCUGCCGCCAAAGAAGGUUGCUGCGGUGACAACGGCCAGCACAGCCGCAACAGCAGCAGCCGCAGCAACAACCACAACAACCACAUUGAAAUCCAAUGCCAUCAGCACAUCAUCAAGUCACACAGAAACCAAGGUUUCAGCCUCAAGUUCCAGCUCCAGCAGCAGCCUGAGCAGCGCACGCCGCAAGGAAACGGAAGCCAGCAACGGCAAGGAUAUCAAAAGACAAACCGUGCCGGCUGCUGCAGCGCCGACGGCAGCAACAGGCGCCAGCACGCUGAAGGAACAGAUGGCUGCGCUGCGCAGCGAUCUGGAGGCCAUGAAGGCGCGAGCUGAGCGCGCCGAGCGUGAGAAGAGCGAUAUACUGCUGAGGCGUUUGGCCUCGAUGGACACCGCCUCGAAUCGGACCGCCGCUUCGGAGGCGCUGAUGCUGCAGCAGAAGCUGAACGAGAUGAAGGAGCAGCUGGAUCGCGUGACGGAAGACAAGCGCAAGCUGAAUCUGCGCAUGAAGGAGCUGGAGCACAAGGAUAGCCAGUCGGAGCUAAAGCGCAAGCUGCAAGCGGCCGAGCAAAUCUGUGAGGAGCUCAUGGAGGAGAAUCAAUCGGCCAAAAAAGAAAUACUCAAUUUGCAGGCGGAAAUGGAUGAGGUGCAGGACACAUUUCGCGAUGAUGAGGUCAAGGCGAAAACUAAUCUGCAAAAGGAUCUCGAGAAGGCAACCAAAAAUUGUCGCAUCCUAAGCUUCAAGCUGAAGAAGAGUGAGCGCAAGAUCGAGACACUCGAACUGGAAAGGCAAAGCUCCUACAAUACCGAGCUCUGCGCCAAGGUCAAGAAGCUGGAGGAGGAGCUACGCUUCUCCAGUGAACUGGCGCGCAAGCUGCAGACUGAGGCCGAGGAGCUGCGCAAUCCGGGCAAGAAGAAGGCGCCCAUGCUGGGCGUGCUGGGCAAGUCCACGUCAGCGGAUGCGAAAAUCACGCGCGAGUCUCUGACACGCGGCGGCUCACAGGAAGAUCCGCAGCACUUGCAGCGCGAGCUGCAGGACUCCAUUGAGCGCGAAACUGACCUAAAGGAUCAGCUGAAAUUCGCCGAGGAGGAGCGUCGUCAACUCAAAGCCAGAGCCUCCAGGCAUCGCGCUCAAGUCAAUCGAGGCACCCAAACGGGCGAUAUGCUGGCGAUGCCUUUGGGCUUUCCGCGUGCCACACAGACGGCGUCCAUAGUUCAGACCGAAGCCGCCACCAAUACGUCGCCCAUGCCCGACAGCCGGCCUGUGCACACACAAACCCAUGUGGUCGCGUCUUCCGACAAUGCCACCCAAACCCAUUUCGAGCUGUGCGCCCGAAAUCAAUCAGUUGAACGUGAAACUUCACCUUUUGUAUCGCUCCGUGUACCCACCACUUCGACAAGGAUUGUCAAUUCCACCUCCUUGCUCUUUCCAAGCGCCAUGUCUCAUGUGCUUCUGGCUGGCGCCGGUGCAGCUCGCAAAUUGAGCCCGGCGCCGCAUCCACAUCGACUGGCGCCCGAGGUGCAUGCCGACCGUGACGAGGGCAUUUCCGAUGAGGAUGAUCCCGCGGAGCUGCGCAUACUGCUCGAGCUGAACGAGCAGGAGGCCUCCAUACUGCGUCUCAAGGUGGAGGAUCUGGAGAAGGAGAAUGCCGAGUCCAAGAAAUAUGUGCGCGAAUUGCAGGCCAAGCUGCGACAGGAUAACAGCAAUGGCAGCAAGGACUCGCUGCUCAGUUACGGCAGCUCCUCCAGCGCAGCAGAGAAGAAGCUGAAGACACUCAACGACGAGCUGACCCAGCUGCGCAAGAGCCUGCAGGAGAAGGAGCAGAGUGUGGAGAAUAUGCGCGCCCAGCUGGCCAGGCUGACCACGCUGGAGACCGAGAACGAGAAGCUGACCAAGGAGAACAAGCGUCUGCAGACGCUACGCAAGACUAGCUCCAUGGACAAGAGCAGCGAAGCGGAUCUGCCCAAGCUCAAGGAGGCACUGGCCCAGGUUCAAAAGGAACGCGACGAACUGACAGCCCGGGUGAAGCGAAUGCAAGUGGAGGCCGAGGGCAAGCUGCCCGCGCGAACGCCCAAACGUGUCAACGAUCUGACGCCCAAGAGUCAUCUGAAGAAGUGGGUGGAGGAGCUGGAGGAUGAGAUCAGCGAAAUGCGCGUGCAGCUGGGCAGCAGCGGGGUCAGCCAGCUGAAAACGCUGCAAACGAGCAAGGAAUCUCUGGAGGAGGAGCUGCAGAAGUGCAAACAAAAGCUGGCGCUGGCCGAGGGCGAUGUGCAGCGCCUGAAGCUGUUGAAUGGCAGCAGCAGCAAAGCCAAGGAGCUGGAGCAGAAGCUCAAGAGCAGCGAGGAGGAGGCCAAGAAGCUCAGCACAAAACUCAAGGACUUGGAGGAUAAGCUUAAGAAACAGGAGAGCCAGCUGAAGCAGACGGAAGCCAGCAAAGCCACACUGGAGACGCUCAAUAAGCGCGAAAAGGAGAAACUGUCCAGCUUGGAGAAAGACCUGGAGAAGCAAGCCAAAGAACGCGAAAAGCUCGAAGCCAAGCUGAUUCAACUGGACAGCGAGCUGCUUGCUGCCAAGAAGGCGGCAGAGAAAACGAAAACAUCGCUUGAGAAGGACAUCAAGGACCUGAAAGCAAAGGCCAGCAAAUCGGACAGCAAACAGGUGCAGGAGCUAAAGAAGCAGCUGGAGGAUGCCCAAGCCACGCUCAGCGGCGAACAACAGCGCUACGAGGAGCUGAACACACACUGGGAGAAGCUCUCCGAGGAAACCAUACUCAUGCGUGCCCAGCUUACGACAGAGAAGCAAACUCUGCAGGCCGAACUGAAUGCCAGCAAAUACAAACUGGCCGACAUGGACACCAUACGCAUUGAGCGCACGGACAUGGCGCGCAAACUGAACGAAGCCCAGAAGAAGAUCAAAGAGCUGGAGGUGAAGACCCUCAAGACGGGCGGCAGCAGCGAUCACGAGCGCACCAUGCUGAAGAACAAGCUGGCCGAGAAGGAGCACGAGUAUGAGCGUCUGCGACGCGAGAACGAAAUGAACAUCGACUUGGUGUUCCAGCUGCGCAAGGACAACGAUGAUCUGAACAGCAAACUGAGCGAUUUCAAUCGCAUCGAGCAGGCACAAUCCUCGCUAAAUGGACACGGCGCCAGACGCGAGGCGGAGAUCAGGGAACUAAAGGAACAAUUGCAAGCCUCUGAGCUGCAGCUUAAGUCCGAAGUGGCCUCCACGCGGUUGCGCUAUGAGCAGCAGGUGAAGAAUCUCAGUGGAGAACUCACCUCCAUGCAGCGCCAAUGCGAGCGCUUCAAGAAAGACAGAGAUGCCUUUAAGCAGAUGCUCGAGCUGGCGCAGAAGAAGAUUGGCGAUCUGAAAGCCAACAAUACCGGACGCCAGAGUCGCAGCUCGAUGCACAGCAGCGAUGACGAUGACAAGAGCAAAAUUGCUUACCUGGAACAACAGAUUGGGCAUCUGGAAGAUCAGCUGGUCGAGUCGCGUCUGGAGUCCAGCAAGGUCAAGACGGAGCUUGUCUCCGAGCGCAGUGCCAAUGAAAUUAAAAUUUCGGAGAUGCAAUCGAAGCUGAACGAGUUCGAGGAGGAGCGUGUCAUUGGCUCGGGCAGCACAAAGCUGCCCGGCAUGAAGACCAAGCUGGAACUGUCCUGGCAAAAGGAGCGCGAGGAUCAGCAACGCCUGCUGCAGGAGACAUCCACAUUGGCGCGUGAUCUGCGCCAAACCCUCUUCGAGGUGGAACGUGAACGCGACAAGGAGCGACUCGAGUCCAAGCGCAAACUAGAUCAAACCAAGCGUGCGACUGAAGAGGAAAUGGAGGAGGGCCGCAAAAAGAUAGCCGAACUUCAGUGCGAUCUCCUAGAGCUGCGGGACGUACAUGCCAAGCUGCGCACCUCCAACGAGAAGCUACGCAGGGAGCGCGAACGCUAUGAGAAGGAGCUUAUUAAGCGGCGCAUGGAGCAGGAUGGUGGUGAGCGCAAGGUCGGUGCACUGCUGCAGACUGUUGAUGAGCUGGUGAAAAUUGCGCCAGAUCUGAAAAUAGUUGGUGGCUCAUCCGGACGCAGCUCGUCCUAUGCCGACAACAAACUGCGUCCGGAGCAGGCGAACGUGCGUCGCAGUCGCAGUCCAUCGCCAACGCUGAGCAGUGCCCAGAUCGCCAAUGUGCUGGCCCGUUUGGCGGAGGCGUCCGAGGAGCUGCGCAAGUUCCAGCGCCUAAAUGAGGAUGAACAGGAGCGCAGUCGCAUACGUCGCGGCAAUCUACGUCGCGCUGCCUCCCAAGAGAACGAUCCGCACGGCAGCACCAGCUCCGUCGCCAGUGCGGCCGGCUCUCAGCGAGCCGCCGGCGGCGGCGGCGGCGGACGUUUGUCCCGCAAUUCGGCCAAUAAUGGCAGCCUGAUACGCAAGAGUCUAUCGCUGGAUCACUCCAUACAACGUGACCAGAAUAUUUGGCGUCAGGACGAUGGCAGCGUAUCAUCCAUGCAGUCCAUUGACUCGGAGCUGGGCGGACUGGUGCGCGACUCCAGCUUAGAUUCGCGUCUCGACUCGCGCCUGUCCGGCGGCUCCACCCAAAGCGAUAUACCACGCGGGCCACGCAAAAAGAAGAAGGGCAUCAUGGGCAAGCUGCGCAGUCUGACCAAAAGCAGUCGCAAUUCCGAGAGUGAAAUAUCGAUUCAAGGAUCCGAUUCGGACAUAAGCGUAGCUAGCGACAUGAGAUCCAGCAAGAAGGAUCUGCGUGGUCGGCUGUCGGGCAUGUUCAAGCGCUCCGGCUCAAACUCACGCAGCGAGAGCACCGAGCGGGCCAGCUCUGAGCAAAGGCCCGUUGCCGUCACCGUCGUUGGCCAUCCGGAUGGACCGCAUCCACGCGAUCCGCCGCCGGCAAAUUCACUUACACCCAAGCCCAUACGUUCGAUAAAACCGCCAACCGGCACACCCACCACACCAACCACAAGACGGCGCCAAGCCAAGUAGUCAUCGAAUUUUAAGGUUCAUCAUAGUUAGUACACUCACGCCUAGUUCACGCCUUGGUUUCCACUGGUUGUUGUUUGUCUGCGCAUUUCUAUACCAACUGCAUUGGAACUUGUGCUUCAUAUCAUUAUUAUUAUUAUUAUAUUAUUUUUUUUGUUAUUUCACUUGCAAAUGUUCUCUGAUUAGUUUUGCUUGAUUUCAAAUUUUUCAAUAAACAUGUACAUCUUUUUCAACAAAAAAAACACACAAAGACGUUUGCCAUAUUCCUUUCACAGUUCAGCGCUGAAUUGUCAACAGAUUGGAAUCCUUGCGGAAUAUUGAAAUAGACCAAGACACUUACAUGCAUAAAGACGAAACCCGCGGCUGCCGUAUAGAGUACAAUAUGUCGGCACAAGAGGAAGCCUCCGCCUGCGGGCGGCUCUUCGACAUGGGCGAGGAAAUAUAAUAUGGUACUGCACAGGAAAAAUAGAAUGGCUUCCAACAUUUUCUAGACUUUUUGACAAAUAUGUUCAAAUUUUGUAAUUUUGUAUUUACGGAGCUACUCGAUCUAUGACUAUUUUCUAUGAACAUAUACGAUUUGUCAGAGAAUCAAAGAUA